AAGCGAAGAAACGAGUCUUGCGGUAUGGCCAAUAUAGGUCGAUUUAAGGAUCGAAAUGCGGAUCUGCGUGCGGCGGGUGUAAGUUCAGCUGUGGAUUAUGAGAACACAACCGGAAGCUGCAUGGUUAUAUCGCAUCCCGAGGAAGUUGCCGAGCAAUUAAUUCGAGCUGAAUGCAAGCGAUUGAGAUUAAAAAGUGCGGGACAACUUUGGCCGGAGUCGCCAUGUCUUCCCGGUAUUAGUGUGCCGGAUCUGCUGUCCAUUGAGAAGUCCAAGUCGCGUUUCACCGUCUUCAAGGAAAAGUUCUCCGAGGACAUGUACCUGAAGCAGGCCAAAUUGGCCGAGGCGAAGCCAACGCACUCCAAACCGGACAGCGUUACCAACUGGAGUCGCACAUUCGGACGGGAGACCAAGGCCAAGGAGAGGCUCUACGAUCUGGUGCUGCCACCCAAGAAAGCCGAGCAGGUCAAUCAGGAAUAUGGCGAGUUCCAUGACAAAUAUGUUGUCAGUCACAAUCAUUACUUUCCCUCGGAGCAGAUUAAUCGCAAAUAUGCUGAGCCCUUUAAUCGUCAAAACACUUAUGGUGAGUUAACCCAAGGCGAUAUUUCUGGACAAUCGGCAAAGCGUUGCAUGCAACAAUGCGCCGGUCAUGUGAUCAUUAUAAGCAAAGAGCAGAUGGACUUUAUCGAUCGCACUUAUUCGAGACUGGGCAAGAAAUUUAAAAAAUAUCCAUAUGCGGUGCCACAGUACAUGAGCUAUGGUACGCCGACUCCUGUGCCGGAUUGCGAUUGCAAAAUGCUGAUCGAGGAUAUAUCGCCAUGUAAGAGCAAUAAACAUCUGCUGGACGCAUUGGGACAUCUUAAUAUGUGGCGUCACAAGCUGCAGAAACGGGCAAACUUUCAAAUGUUUGAUCUGAUUUCGGUACUGGAGCAUAGUGAUCAGGAGCAGACCCGCUAUUUGCCGCUGAAUAAGAUCUUUGAGGUUAUGCACAAGAUGCAUCUGUAUAUCGAUAUAUAUAAAAUGCGCACAACACUCUCCCAUUUUCAAAUGAUCCACGAUGAGGGUUGUGCCACGGAGCGUGUUAACUACGACGACUUCUGCCGCCUGCUUAACAUUCAGAAUCCUCUGCCCACCACGGGCAACAUCUCCACCAUGCCGGCCAAUGUGUACAACAAGGAUACCACCUAUCGCCUGCUCUGCUCCGAUCUGAGCAAGGAACCAGUAAAGGCACCGCCUAUGCGCAAGUUGCGUCCAAAACAAUUGGAUGAUGAUUCCACGCAUGUCAAGGAUCUACUUUCACCGGAUAUAUCCACACUAUAUGGUCUGGCGCCAAGCGAUUUCCAAUUGUUGCGUCCCCGCGAACAAUUGCAACAGAUAUUCAAGGAUAUAGUCAAUAAUGAAGACUUUGAAUCGAUUUGGCAGCAACUCAUGCAGAAUGAUGGACUCAAGGAACAGAAUGGUUUGUUCUCCGUUCAGCAGUUCCGUGAGGUCAUGGACAACAUGGACACACAGCGGGCCAAUGUAUAAGUAGGAUCAUUGCAGAUCAAACAUGUUAUUUAAUUUUAAAAAACAAAAUAAAUUCAAAGUUAUGUUUACAUAUCAAA